AUGGCAAGAAAAUUAGUGAAAACAUCAUCAACAAAUAUCCCACCGGAGAUAAUCGAAAUUAUACUGUCAAAAUUAUCAUCAGUUAAAUCUCUUCUUCGAUUCAAAUCAGUUUCAAAGUCAUGGAAUACUAUAAUCUCCGAUCCCUUAUUCAUUCAAAAUCAUCUCCAUUCCUCGAAUAAAUCUCCGAAUAAUGAUCUCUUCCUUAGAAGGUAUACAAAUAGUACUGAUAGAGGGUUUCCUCUGGUCAAACUCGAAGGUGGGAAAGUCCACGCCGGAGGAAUAUCCGUAGAGAAUAUUCCCAAUGGCUACAACGUAAUAUUAUGUGAAUGUAACGGCUUGCUACUCUUGACCGAUCGGUGCAGCGAAAAAAAAUACGCGCUGUGGAAUCCAUCAACUCGUAGGGCGAGGCAUCUCGCAACCCGAUAUGAGUUAAAUGGAGAUUAUGUAGUUGAUCAUGGGAUUUGUUACGACAAAAUAACCGGUGAUUUCAAGGUUGUCUUUAUCUUCGCAACGAAAUAUGCAAUUUAUUCGUGUAAUAACUACUCUUGGACGAAAAAGGAUUUAGGAACAAAAUGCCGUAACAUUGGUUUUACAGGUUCAGGUAUCUUCGUCGAUGGAGCUACCUAUUGGAUUUUGGGCGUCGAGAGCACGAAUAUUUCAGGUACACUAUUAGUGUAUUUCGAUUCAAGAACCGACAAGCUCAAGGUUUUGCGAAUGCCCGAACAACUAUAUGAUGAUAAAAUAUAUUUUUUAAGUUGUAACAUGGCUUCUUUGAGAGGAAGCCUCUGUUUGUACAGCUACAACUACCGUGAUAAUAGUGUCCAUAUCUGGAUAAAGGAAAAGGGCAUUGAUUUCGGGGAUAAUCGUACUAACUGGAAGGAGUUUGUAACCGUUGGAUAUCUUCGGCUUCGGUAUUUGUGGAUGACACCACUAUGUUUCGUGGAAAAUAAGGUUGUCAUUCAAGAAAAGAGUAUAAGAUUCGUCUCUACUGAGAAGACGGUCGAAGAGUUUUUAGCGGUUGAUGUAUAUCGGGGUAGAUUCAUUCCAUAUCGGGAUAGUCUCUAUUUCCCGGCUGGUGUGAAGACGAUUAGAGCUUAG